CCCGCCUCCGGGGGGAAGGGAAAUUAUUUAUGGGUGAUGUCGGACUGCAAGUUGCUGAAAGUCUGCGGGGCGAGUGGGAGGCUCGUAGCCGAGAGAGGGGAAGGAAAAUAAUAGCAGACUGAGACUUGCUUUUUGCUUGGGGAGUCGAUCCGAUCCAUCCUGCCCCGUCCCCCGGCCGCCAGUCUCCCCUCUCGCAAGCCACAUCGCCCUACUCUUGUGUUAACCCGGACACUUCGACAUGUCUACAAAGUUCGCCUCAUGUUUCUACGAUAUUGGAGAAGUUUUAUGUAAGAACAAGAUGAUUAGCUACAAUAACAACAUCAAUGCAGGCAGCUCCAAUGUGCCCCUGCUGGACAGGAAGGCAGUCGGUACCCCAACACUGGUGGACUACCAGAGGAGACAUUCGGUCACCCUCGCCAACGCUAACUCCAAGUUCAACCAGAACCAGCUCCUCAACAGCCUCAAGCUGGAGCAGACCAGCACUGCUGCCAUGGCCAACAAGGAGAACAAGUUCCGGGACCGUUCCUUCUCCGAGACAGGCCUUCAGAAGCCCCAGAGCCAAGUCAACUCCAGCCGCUACAAGACAGAGCUCUGCCGUCCCUACGAAGAGAACGGGUCAUGCAAGUAUGGCGACAAGUGCCAAUUUGCUCAUGGCAUCCACGAGUUGAGGAGCUUGGCCCGACAUCCCAAGUACAAGACUGAGCUCUGCCGAACCUUCCACACCAUCGGAUUUUGCCCCUAUGGACCCCGUUGCCACUUCAUCCACAAUGCAGAGGAAAGACGUAUGUCCCCCGGGCAUGACCAACAGCAUCUCCCGCUCUCCUCAUCCAACAAGAUUGACAGGCCCCGUCUGCAACACAGCUACAGCUUCUCUGGCAUCUCCAGUUCCCCCAGUGGGCUGCUGGACAGUCCCACCUCGAUCACCCCUCCCCCCAUCUUCAGUGCAGAAGACCUGAGCUCCUCCCCUACCCUGCCAGAUUGUGCCAGCAAUCCCUUCACCUACUCGAGCCAGGAACUAGCCAGUCUCUUCGCGCCCAGCAUUGGGAUCCAAGUUCCCAUGGCAUCCACCAACAAUGGCACCCAUUCUCCUUCGUUCCUGCUCCGACCUUUGGCUGAAUCUCCCCACCUCUUCGAUCCUCCCCCGAGCCCUCCAGACUCUAUGUCCGAUGACUACCUGAGCAGCUCUGGAAGUGUGAGCGGGUCUGAGUCACCUACCCUUGAUCUCAGCAAGCGUCUUCCCAUCUUCAGCAGACUUUCCAUCUCGGAUGAUUAACGCGGCCUUCCUCCUUCCCCCACCUUGGAAGAAGCAGAGCUGUCAAAAAAAAACAAAUGUACCCCUAAUCUGAGCAAGCAUUUAAAAUGAACUUUGAUUUCUUAAAGGCCCAGGUAGCCAGCUUUUGACACACACACACAAAAUUUAGAAUUGACUUGCUAAACCCAAACUUGCCAGCUACGUACAGUGUCACUGAUGACCUACAAUGUGUUUAUCCUCGAGUUUUCACUUUGUAGCAAGGGGGACAGCAAUGACUGCACACUUAUCUCUCAUUUUUAAUCAUUCAUUCAAUUUUUGACAAAUCAGAAUGACUUUUUUAUUUUUUUCCUCAUCUAUAUCUACUUGAGGGCCCAGCAAUUUGGGAUUUGGAGGGAAGAGUCAUCCUGGGAUAAACUGUGGUAGAUUUGGAUUGUCUAACUGGAUGGGCCUAGUUGAGUCGAGGCACUUUGUGACAGGACCUGAAGUGAAUUUGUUGUCAAACAGCUACCUAUCUGCCUGGUCUUAAAGUUCUUAAGUGUGGAUUUAAGAAUCUUUGAAGAGAAUAUUUUUUUAAAGAGAAUUGAAUGGUGUAAUUACGCAUGAUUUGCCGAAACAGAUCUUUAAUGUAGCAAAAAAAAAUCUACAUUUGAUGUCCCUUUAGUAGUACCUUACCUUGUCCCUCUUUUCCCCUAUCCCUUCAAUUGCUGCAUUUCUCUGCAGUGGUAGCACCAAGCGAGUGUCUUUGCAUAGGGUGGGGGUGCUGAGCUCAAUAUAAGGUGACUAAAAUUUCUUCCUGAUGCUCUUGUGGGCAUGUCUUGAGGCAGUAGGCCUGGCAUCAGGAGAUACCUUGCCUCUCUCUGCCCCAGUUUCCUCUGCUCCCCACUGCCUCCACGCCCUUCUCCCUACAUCCCCUUCCUCAUCCCAUCCUUCCAUUCAAUUUCUCUUUAUGUAGUGACAAUUCAUCAAUCCCAGGGACUGGAAUUUAUCAAACGUAGACUUUGGUUGCUUCCAUUAAUUGUGAACAGAGACAAAUUGUGGCAAGACAUUGUGCGGGGCAUGGGAAAAGUUUCUUUGGGGAGGAGUUGGGGGAAGAAUAAUUUUUGUGGGGAGUGGAGUUGGGAUUAACUGGCCUGGGGGAGGGGGUGGGUGGGACAAUUGCUGGUGAUUUUUUUAAUUUAAAUGCGGUGCUGGCAAUAUCAUUCUGGCUGCCUUGUUUUUAAACUUUCCAGCACCCAGUGGAUAAAAUUCAAUUCUCUCAUUUUUGGGUGAGGGGAUGGGAGAGAACCAUGAAAGUUUCUUCAGAAAAAAAGAAUAGCUUUGGAUGAACAGCAUUAUCUUCAGUGAGACAGAGAUUGAGAGAAAUGGUUUAACCAGCUAGCCUUCAGCCUUGGACUUUGCCAAUUUAGUUCAUUUUACUUCUUUUUGUUUUCGCCCUCCCCUGUUUUUUAAAUUCAGCAGAAUGUUAAAAGGAUUUAAAAAUAUUGCUUGUCACUGCACACACAUUACACACACGUACAUACAUACAUACAUACACAAAAAAAUUGCUUAUUUAACUUAUCAAAAACAUAUUUAUUGCCAAACAUAUGCAUUUUUGUUUGUAUUUAUCACAAUGAUGAACCAUAGAAAUAUAUUUUUCUUUUAUGUUUAAAUUAUGAUCUUAUUAAUCUGAAGAUUGUGAGGUUUUUCUUUUUUCUUAUUUUCGUUUCCACAGUUUAAUAUAUUAUACUACAAUGAUGAGGGUUUUUGUAACGUUACUCUUCAGUUAUUUUAUUUAAUAAAAAAAUGUAAUUUAAAAACACAAAAACAUUUGAAUUUAUUUAUUUUGUAGUUUCCCCCCCUUCCUUUUUAAAAAUAAGUAAAUUGAUUUUCUCAUUUUUAUGGCAGCCAUGCGCUCACUGCCUUUAAACUCUUGUUGCCAACAGUGGCCUAGUAUUUCAGGCUUUUGAGUUAACUUCCAUUAUACAAGAGAUUGUUAAGAUGCGGGCUCAGUACUGUGACACAAAAGUGCCUGUCGGAACACAUUCCAAGCAUUUGAUGUAUGCCUUCUGUGUAACUAAUAAUACUUUUAUUAUUGAUAGGUCCUGGCCUCUUGUUCAGAGAGAGACAACCAGGAGUUGGCACAAAGGGAAGUUGAAUGUAUUUUUCCUUCAUUGUUCACUACAUGGUUUAUUUUCUAUGUCUGUGUAUACAGAAUGCUUUUGUAAUGACUGGUUCAAAUGUAAACCAAUAAACCCCAAUGGUUUUUUUUCCAAA